AUGGCUCAGAAAAUUGAUUUUAAUGCUCUGAGGGCGCGUACUAUGGGUUCCGGAGAAGACGAGGAAGCCGUCACAGUCGACACCCGUGGGCUGAUUUCAAAAGUUCUCGCUAGGUAUUCAGGGAAAUGGACGGUCUUGCGUGAGAUGAUUCAAAAUGCUGCCGAUGCCAAUGCUACCAAAGUCACCAUAAGAUUCGAGACAUCACCGUCGACCUCCGUUCCUUUGCCCUCCUCCUCUGCCGACAGCACGGCCAUGAUCAAGCACACGAUAUCGAAUCAUACGGUCAAGCGCCUUUUGAUCUCCAAUAACGGUCUUCCGUUCAGCGAAAAAGAUUGGGCGAGGUUGAAGCGUAUCGCGGAUGGCAAUCCGGAUGAGACGAAAAUUGGAGCCUUUGGAGUCGGGUUUUACAGCGUGUUCGAUGACUGUGAGGACCCCUUUGUGUCUUCUGGAAAAGAUGCCAUGGCUUUCUAUUGGAAGGGUAAUGCACUGUUCACUCGUCGGCUACAGCUCGACGAAAAGGCCAACCCGGAAACGACAUUUGUCCUAGAUUAUCGCAAUGACACAUCCCCGGUCCCGUCAUUAAUGCAGCUCUGUCAAUUCCUAUCUAGUAGCCUUACAUUUGUUCAACUCGAAUGUAUAGAGCUGUGGCUUGACGACUGGAAUAUAUUGCGCCUGCUAAAGAAGACUGCCCCAGGGACCGCUCUCGCCAUUCCAAGGGACAUUGAAACGAAAACUCAGGAUGGAUUAAUGAAGAUUACGGGUGUCACUAGAGAAGUUGCUCAAGUUGAUGCUGUCUGGAUGAAAGUUGUUGAUUGGAACCCUAAUGCAAGCACGCUGCUGCGCGAAGGCAUUAGAGACACUACUGUCUCACUACGCAGUUUCUUAUCCAAACUCACCCAGAGCGUGACUGAGAAAUCGGCGGAUACUGAGAAGAAGGAGGAUGCAGGCGUUUCCGGAGAUUUGACCGAGACGUCAACAGCAUCGGUGUUUCUCCAUAUCAAUACAGCAAGCGUCCAGGCUUCCAUCGAUCAAAAUCUGAGCAGCGAACUCGAACGAGCUACGCGAAAGCCUCCACCUAAGAAAACAUCGAUUGCUGUACUGACACCUUCGUACGAUACAAAUCGCGCCUCCGAAGCCUCCGGGUCACAAUCAGAGUUUCUGUCCUCCAUCCUGCCUUCGUCCAAGGGAGGUAGAGUCUUUAUUGGGUUUCCAACGCAUCAGACGACUGGCCUCAAUGCCCACAUAUCUGCCCCAUCCGUCAUCCCCACCGUAGAACGAGAAAGUAUUGACCUCAAUACGAGGCAUAUCAGCAAAUGGAAUAUGGAGAUGCUAAGGGCAGCAGGCAUUGUCUGCCGAAUCGCUUGGUCCGCAGAAAUGGCAUCGAUAAAAGGCAGGAUACUCGCCGCGACAGAUCCGUCGAAACAGUCCAAGAUUCGAAAAGACGACAUUGUGAAGGUACUUCCUGAAGCUAUCCACACCGCAAACCAGUUCGUUUUUCGCGAAUCCACACCAUCGUCUCUACUCGGACAAACAAUGGAGGAUGCUUUUUGGACAUGUCACAAAAAUGCUUCAAUAGAGGUCCUCUCUACCUGCGGCAUCGUUCAAAACUACCAGGUGCGCAUCGCCGCCAGGGACUUAAACUUUAUAGACUCUAUACCAGUUUUGCCGGAAGAAUUCACAAAAGGUUCAAAAGAAUUCGUCAGAAAGUUGACCGCGCUCGGACUUGUAACUGAAAUUACAGUCGCCGACGUCAAGCGCGAGUUGGAAGCUCAGACCUUGCGUUCCUCUCAAAUCAUCGAUUUCCUCUCCUGGUUGGGUCAAAGGGCAAUUUCAGGCCAGCUCGAUUCACACGCCGUGAAAAGUCUAUUGAAUGUUGCGGUAGCUAACGCUGACGAUGAAAACGGCAACACUGCUGGUUUAAUCGUUUUCUCCGGAAUAACGCUCUUCUUGAACCCUCAGCGUAUACCGGCCGACCUACCCUUGCCGCCAGCCGUGAUGCCCUUCAAGUAUACAAGGACACUUCAAAAGAAAGAACUAGAGGCUUUUCAGUGGGAAGAACUGCAAGUAGUUCCCUGGCUGUGUUGGCUCGUUAGCAACUCUGGCAACCGAAACGUCCUUUCUCUAUCCCAAGACAUCACCAAGACCGCUUCGUUCGCGGCUCAAGUACUUCCGGUUCUAUCGAAGCAAUGGGACACCUUUAGUCCCUCUGCAAAACAGAGUGUAAUUGAUCAGCUGCAACCCCACGCCGUCAUUCCGACUAAAGUUGGCAUGAAGCGUCCUGAAGAAACAUACUUUCCUUCUGUUCGUCUCUUUGACGAUUUGCCUGUUGUUCAUGGACUGCAAGGCACCAAAGAGAAAUUUUUGGGCGCCUUGGGCGUACGCAAGACUGUUGAGCUCGGGGUUAUCUUCGAGCGUCUGCUGAACAACCAGACUUCGGUAGAGGAAGAAAAAGGAGGGCCUCCGCGUGAGGCUAAAUGGAGUCACGCUGACUUAAUACGGUACCUCGCAUCCGUCAGCAAUGAUAUUCCUGCUAGCGACAUCAAGCGACUCAAAGGCACCCGUUUCUGUACGGCUGAGAUGAGCGCUGCCUCUGAUGAUCCAAAAACGUCUGAGCGGACACGUCACAAAGUCCAAGAGCUCUUUGAACCGGACGAGUCUCUCAAAGCCUUAGGGCUGCCCAUCAUUGACUGGCCGGGAAAGUACAUCCCCAACAGUCCUGAGGGCAAGUUUCUCACCCGGCUGGGUAUCAGGAGCUUUCCCACAGCUGUCGAGGUAAUUCAGAUUAUGGCCAAGGCAGCGGGUUCAGAUAACUGGGCUCUGCACGCAAAGGCCAUUUCAUAUUACGUGGCCGAAUAUGACAAAAACGGCUACAGCAAAUUCGAUUGCAGCUCCGUCACAGAACCGUUUUUGCCGCUUGAACGCUCCAACACUUUUCUCGACAAAGGUUUGAAUGGCAAGCAAGCAAACCUGUUCGGACUACCUGCCGAAGGGCAAUAUAACCUUAGCGUCCCAAGCAAGUGCUAUACGGACGGAGGGGCUUCACUUUUUGGUUUCAGCAUUCUCCGUGGAGAUUUGCAUCGUCAUGCUUCCAAGCUCGGUGUCAAACAGCAUCCCAAAAUGUCUGAAUGCCUUGAUGUCUUGAUCCGUAGACCUCCAUCUACCCAGAAAGACGCGAGGGUGCUGUUCAGGUAUCUCGCGGGGAGAGUUUCAGAACUUAGCCCGCGAGAUAUUGACCGUGUUGGCAAAACUGAGAUAGUUCCAGUGUCCACGCACGAUGAUGCAACCAAAGACAAAGCUAUCCAACGCGUAGCACCCAUAAUGUGCUACCUGGGAGAUGGCGAAGACUACAAAGAGUUAUUUGACUUUGUUGACUUCGGCCAGGAAGCAAAUCUUUUUUUGAUGGCUGUCGGAUCAAAGAGAGAGCCGACCAAGGUAGAGAUUGCACAAAUGGUGGUCAGAGAGCCGGCGAGAAUAUCCUCUGCUUUUCAAAGUGCUGAAAGGUAUCUCAAACUGCUGAGAACGCUUGCGGAUGACAUUGCUGUCUUGAAGAAGAACAAGGAUCUCUUCUCAGAGAUGAAGAAGUCGGCGUUUUUACUGGCGAGUGAAGAUAUUGCUCUCACAGCGAAGCAGCAGCAGCAGCAGACCGAGAAGACCGAGAAGACGAUCAAGAGUAAACCCGAAGACUCCGGUGAUGAGGAAGAUGGCACUGAAGAGGACAGCAUUCGGAAAUGGACCCUGGCCGCAGCAAAAGACGUGGUUGUGGCUGACGACUUUCAAAGCUUUGUUCUUUUCAAAGAGCAUGUGUCGGCAGCACCCCAAGAGGAAGUACUCGAGAAGUUCUACGUGGCUCUAGGGGCAGUACCAAUAAGUCAACUAGUGGAAGACCGAGCUCACUGGGGAGCCGUGGCCGCUGACCAACGUCCUGCUGCCAAGCUGCUGAAGCUAAUCAAUGAACGCUCAAGACUCUUCCUCCAUGAUCAGACCGCCGAAACGAUCCGGCGUAACAGCCGAUGGCUUGAGAAAAAUCUCAGAGUCCAGAUUGUCCAUAACAUCACCAUGACCCGCUCUCUCAAAGGUCGCCGAGUAUCUUAUAAGCAGCAGAGAAAGGCCAUCAUUCCCGAUAUAUCCAAAGAGUGUGUCAUGCGGAUAUGCCCCGGCCCGUUUGACUUUUAUGAAAUCAGUCAAGUCCUCUCGCAUAUUAUCCUCUGGAGACCGAAACUACAUUACGCUCUCACGUUGGAAAUGUUACUGAAGACUGAUUUGCUGGAAUUGAGAGCGCGUGGAUACAAUGUUGAACGCAUCCUGAAGCAAAAGGCUCAGGAAGCUCGGAUCCAAGAGGAUCGGCGCCAGCAGCAAUUGGAAGAAGAGCACCGGCGUCUCCAGGAAAAAGAAGCUGCUGUUGCGCAGGAGCAGGCUCUGAUGCGGACUCCUGAAAAGAAUGGCCAGGUUCAGAUGCCUGGGGAUUUUCCCGAUUCUCCAUUAUCCAGAGAUCAAAGGCCCACCUCACCCUCAGGUUCUGCCCAGGAGAAGCGCCGUGGUCUGUUUUCAAGUUUCACGAAACAUUUCAAGGAUGGGAACCGGACUUGGAACCCCUUUAGUGAGACUACCGCCACGCCCAAUUCACCUACUACAGGUUCCCCCCCGCGCGAUUCCGCAGAGUCACCCAAGGACACAAAAGUGAACGUCAGCUCCCCAUUCCAGGUACAGAAAAAACUGCUUUCUGCCAUCCAGUCCAGCAGACCUCAUGGAUCAUCUGGGGUAUUUUCGCGGCCAGAAACGAAACAAGUGGAAGAGGUAAAGUCAUAUUGCGAUGAAAGACCUGGCCAUGAUCUAGAGUUUGUUGCCACACUUCCCUCCAGAGUCAACAUCCUCUUCUCCAGAGCCGUUCCCGACAGGAAUGCAUUUCUGUCAAACAACAGCCUCGGGAUGAACUUGUUCGCCUCGAUACUGCUUGAUUGUGCAGAAGUGUUCUCAUUGAAACCCGACACGCUGAGCAUCUUCUAUGACCCUAGUUCAAAGUCUAUUGGUUUCAAUCGGGCAGGUAGCAUAUUCUGCAAUUUCUACUAUUUCCAACAGCUUCACGAGAAGGAAUUGCUCCGAAAUCCAAAAGACCAGGCGGAGGUUGUGAUAUAUUGGUGGGUGGUACUUUGUCACGAGUUGGCGCACAAUCUGGUUGGGGACCACGGCCAGGUCCAUUCCUAUUACACCGAAGCAUUUGUGAAACAAUACUUCCCCAAGGUAACCGCCAAGAUCGCCACUGUCGCUGCAAAGAAUCAGAGUUCUGCGUAA